GCCUUCACGAGGGAGGCUUCAGCUACUUCGCAACGUUUCAUCCAAGCUUAUUGGAUUGGCGACAAGAAAUUCCUGACUUGGUUCUGGCCAUACAGAGCCACUUCGUUGGAGCUGCGUUUGAGAAGAGGCAGCGUCUCGCACCAUGCAUCCUACGACUGCCAUGGCAGAUGCCGGACUUCACCUCGGCGCAGCUUCUGCGACUGCCCCUGGGCUUAAAGACUGCGAGGAGGCACCGACUUUCGACAGCUCGUGCCAAUCUGGCAGAACGUUGCCAGGCCUUGCAGUGGAUUUACGGCUUCGAAGAAGACAGCGACCAUGCGGUCUAUGCGGAGUCCGAGAUGUUUGGACUCAUGCUCUUGCGGGAUCGACUCCAAGAAGUCUUGGCAACUGGGCAUUUGGGGUGGCCACAGUUGCCCACCGACCCCACCGGCUUGGCGGAGCUGGCCGCCCAGCUGGCGGCCACGCUGCCGCGCGACUGUCCGGCGGUGCCGGUCGAGGUUUCAGGAGCCCUGGAGUUGCAGCCGGACCAAGUCCGUGCUGAGAUCCAAGCAUUGCGAAAGCAGCUGACGGCACUCGUGCCCGCGCUCUCGCAGUUGAUCGUCUCCACCGGCAUGGAGCGCUUAGGUGAAGAGCUUUCAGCCCUGGUGGCCUUGCACUACCGUCUGCAGUCGGUGAGCUCCUCCAAGUGUAGCGCUCCGGAGGUGCCGGAGAUCGUGUCGAGCACCUCCCGCAAGAACGAAGAAGUGGCCCUGCUGACAGGCGGACCCUUUGCGGCCAAAUUGGAUGGGCUGCAACCGGUGGCAGAGCUUCUGACGAAAAGCACCUACGUGCGCAUGAACAACAGCCUCGAGGGAGAGCCGGCUCAUGUGCUGAAGGAGCUGCAGAUCAACGCUUGCUUGGAGGACUUGGUCUUUGGCCUGGGGUCUCGAGGGCGCCUGUCCAAGACACGCGAACGCCGCACUCAAGAGAUGCUAGGCCUCUUGGAUCAUAUGCAACAUGUCUUGCAAUUCCGGAGCGCUGCAGCAGAGGUGGAGACCAUUCGAGAAGGUCAUGUUCUCGAAAGCCCUCCAGAGCUGGAGUGGUUGCAGGCCACCACGCAGUCGAUGAAAGAGAAAAGGGAGUCGAUGGAGGUGCAAUUUCGGGCCGAUGUGGCCGCGCGUGCCGUGAGGUUGGUCUUCGAGGUGGAUCGUGUGCACCGCUGCUACCGCAACUUGAAAGCCGCGGCGGGCGAGCUACAAAGUCGACUGGAAGCAGAAGUGAUCGACCAGGUACGCAGCACCAUCUCCAACUUCACAGGUGCUUUGUCGGCCGAGGAUGGACGCUUCAAGGAGAGUCACAGCGUCGACCGAGAGGCCAUGGCACAGCAGCUGCGUGAUCUACGUGAGCACGUGACCAGCGAAUUGGCCUCUCUGGCGGCCAAGAACCAGGCCGUUCAAGUGAAAGCCGUUCAACCACGACAGGUACCUGGGCUGGAGACCCUCUUGCCGGAGAAGGAUACAGGAGGCAUUGACUUCCAGGCACUGGUUGGCGUAGGGAUGGAAGCAGAGACCGACGAGGACGGCGAUCCGAUCAAGAGGCGGAACUCCAAUGUUGGCCGGCACAACAGCGCAGAGGUCCUACCGAAGCCAUCGAUGCUCACAGUCAGCGACGGGAUGUACCGGAAGCUCGGUGAGGUGGCCAGCCGGCGCGAGGUCUACGACUUGCAGAUGGAGCUGCGGAAGUUGAAAGAUCGUCAGCUCCAAGAGCGCAUCUUCCACAAGUUCAAGUGCCAAGCUAUGCGCCAGCGCUUCGAACGGAAGGUGCGGGAGCAGGAGGCGACCCUCGAAUCGAAUUCCUCCCUCUUGAAACACUUGGCCGAGAUCUCGCGGAGCGAAGCUGCUGCAGCAAACGACUUCGUCAGAGGCGCGCAGGAAGUCUCCGAUGCUGAAAAACGCACAGAGGCGGCACCACCCCUGGCCGUUUGCAGUCCUGGCAGUCCCAAACAGGUUGUAUCCAAUGGCAGUGGGCUGCUUGUACUUUCAUCAUCUCCGAGUCAGGAGUUGGGCCCGGUGACCGACUCCAACGCCGAGCAAAAGCGGCGGCUGGUCAAGUGGAAAAAGAACAAGAGCAAGCAGCUCUACCACAUGAAGAAAGGUGUUCGAGAUCAUGAGAUGGCAGGAACAAUGGAUGUGGCAUCCUUGCUCCAGGAAAUCCAGUCCAAGCAGGAGCUGGUGAAGAUCUUGCAACAAAGUCAGAAAGAGUUUGACCAAGAGGUGGUGCGCGCCAGUCGCCACAGCGCUGCCAAGACCGCGAAUGUCCGUGCCGCCAUGAUCGAACAACGACAAGUGAAAGACGAGACGUUCAAAGAGCUUCAAAGGCUGCGCAUGGAGAUGCAACGUCCCGACGGGACGAAGAACGUGGAUUACUGGCGCUCCAAAGUUCAGGAGAUUCGCCAGGAGAUGAAAUGCCUGGAAGAGGACAACGGCAAGCUGCGGAUUCUAUUGUCGAUGAGGGAGCACCCAGAGGAUGGCAGUCCGUGAGCCGCAAGUCCGUUCGCUCAAGCCGUAUCUCGGAGCCUCAAAAUCCGGGAAAUUGGGAUCCAAUGGUCUCAAAAACAGCCUCGUUGUCAUGGCUGUGGCACGUUAGU